GAGGGGCUAAAAUGGAACCCAAAUGUUUAGAGCAUGUGAUCUUGUUCCCACCACAAAGCUCUACUGCUCACCACACCACAAGCUUCUCCUCCCACGAACCAAAACAAUGAGAUUUCUUUUUGUUCACUCACCUCCUGCGACAUGGUAAGCCUACAACUGUCUACCUAUGCUGUCCUUCAAUUUUCUAAUUUCCUCUACUAAUUUAUGUGGGAUUUCUUGAAAUUUUACUCCAACCCAUUUCACUAUAUCCCUAUUUAUUCCCUCCUGUCUUCCUUGUUCUUUGUACAUACAUACUGUUAUCUUGAAACCCCAGAUUGUAGUGUGGAAGGGUGAUGGAUACUUUGCUAAAGACCCCUAAUGAGCUUGAAUUUCUGCACCCACAUCAUGGGUUUACCUCCCUGAAGCCUCAAAAACAGGAAAUUAGGAUUGGUUCAUGGAAAUCUUGCAGGAAUGUUGGCCGUGUUAAGGCCAGCAGUAGUGCCCUAUUAGAGCUUGUGCCUGUGACCAAGAAAGAGAAUCUUGAUUUUGAGCUCCCUAUGUUUGAACCCUCUAAAGGGAUUGUUGUGGAUCUAGCUGUGGUUGGGGGUGGCCCUGCUGGGCUUGCAGUGGCACAGCAGGUUUCACAAGCUGGGUUAUCAGUUUGUUCAAUUGACCCCUCUCCCAAAUUGAUUUGGCCCAAUAAUUAUGGAGUUUGGGUGGAUGAAUUCGAGGCCAUGGAUUUGUUGGAUUGCCUCGAUACCACUUGGUCUGGAGCUAUGGUGUAUAUUGAUGACCGCACGACUAAAGAUCUUGACAGGCCUUAUGGGCGGGUUAACAGGAAGAAACUCAAAUCGAAAAUGAUGCAGAAAUGCAUUGCGAAUGGUGUUAAGUUUCAUCAAGCCAAGGUUAUAAAGGUGAUCCAUGAAGAAUCGAAAUCCAUGUUGAUUUGCAGUGAUGGUGUGACGAUUCAAGCAACUGUGGUUCUUGAUGCAACUGGCUUUUCUAGAUGCCUGGUUCAGUACGAUAAGCCUUAUAAUCCGGGCUAUCAAGUUGCGUAUGGCAUUCUGGCAGAAGUGGAGGAACACCCUUACGAUUUGAAUAAGAUGGUUUUCAUGGAUUGGCGAGACUCUCACCUAAACAGUAACUUGGAGCUAAAGGAGAGAAAUAAAAGAAUCCCGACCUUUCUUUAUGCCAUGCCGUUUUCCUCGCAGAGGAUAUUCCUUGAAGAAACCUCGCUAGUGGCUCGUCCUGGCUUGGAUAUGAAGGAUAUUCAGGAAAGAAUGGUGGCUCGUUUAAGGCACUUAGGUAUCAAUGUCAAGAGCAUUGAAGAAGACGAGCGUUGUGUUAUCCCAAUGGGAGGUCCCCUACCCGUGAUACCCCAACGAGUUGUUGGAAUUGGCGGUACUGCAGGUAUGGUUCAUCCCUCGACCGGAUAUAUGGUGGCAAGGACUCUGGCUGCAGCUCCGGUUGUUGCCAACGCAAUCAUUCAGUACCUAGGUUCCGAGAGAAGCCUUCUGGGCAACGAAUUAUCAGCAUCUGUUUGGAAAGACCUGUGGCCGAUAGAGAGGAGGCGGCAAAGGGAAUUCUUUUGUUUUGGUAUGGAUAUUCUACUGAAGCUCGAUUUGCCAGCCACGAGAAGAUUCUUUGAUGCGUUUUUUGAUCUAGAACCCCGUUAUUGGCAUGGAUUUCUAUCAUCCCGCCUGUUUCUUCGUGAGCUCAUAUUUUUUGGUCUCUCGCUUUUCUCUCAUGCCAGUAAUACUUCUAGGUUAGAGAUAAUGACCAAGGGCACUUUGCCUCUGGUAAACAUGAUCAACAAUUUGUUACAGGAUAUAGAUUAAGUAAUUUUGAGUUGCACUUUGGUUGGAAAUUAUGUAUGUAGCAAUUCCUCUGCCCUUUUUUUAGCUCUCAAGAAUUUCCAAGAUUGGUAAUACAGUUAAAUGUUUGUCAAAA